GGGAUUUUUGCCCGUUUCUAUUUGAGGGGGCUGAACGUGUCAUGUGCUUUCGGGGCACGUUACUUUUUACGAAACUCCAACCCGCCUUCUUCCUCUCGUUGUCAGCUACGUCCAGUUGUCGUCCGCUUUUCGUGACGACUAGUUUAAAAACAAGCACGUGUUUCGUCAACAUGGCUGAAGAGGCGAAGAAACUAGCCGCCUACGCCGCGGUUGACAACCACGUACAGAGCAAUCAGGUGGUUGGAGUCGGCAGCGGUUCAACGAUCGUCUAUGCAGUGGACAGAUUAGCCGAGAGAGUUCGUCAAGAGAAGCUGAACAUCAUCUGUGUGCCCACCUCCUUUCAAGCACGUCAGCUGAUUCUGCAACACGGACUGAUGCUGUCUGAUCUGGACAGACACCCUGAGCUGGACGUCGCCAUCGAUGGCGCGGACGAGGUGGACGCAGCUUUGACUCUGAUCAAAGGCGGAGGGGGCUGUUUGACCCAGGAGAAGAUCGUCGCCGGUUGUGCCCGACAUUUCGUCGUCGUCGCCGAUUACAGGAAGGCGUCUGAAGCGCUGGGCCAGCAAUGGAAAAAGGGGCUUCCCUUGGAGGUGGUCCCCAUGGCUUACGUUCCCGUCUCCAGGAAGAUCGUGCAACUUUUUGGGGGGCAGGCCAACUUGCGAAUGGCAGUCAAUAAAGCUGGUCCCGUGGUGACAGACAACGGCAACUUCAUCCUGGACUGGAAGUUUGAGCGUACUCACUGCUGGAAGGACGUCAACAGCGCUAUCAAGAUGAUUCCAGGCGUGGUGGAGACGGGACUUUUCGUAAACAUGGCGGAGCGCGCCUACUUGGGCAUGGAGGACGGCAGCGUCCAGAUACGAGAUGCACCUGUCCGCUGAGGACACCCGCUUCCUUCUGGAACCCAAUUGUAUCUGAAUCCAAUGGAUCCAACUCAGACGGUGUGCCUAUUUCAUCAUGUCCAAUUAAGACACUCUGAUGUCGGAAUGUCAAACGCAAUGCUUCCUGUGUCACCACCCGAAAAAAAAAAUACAGAACACUCGAUGUGCUUUUCAUAUGUGAGGAUGUGUGUGUGUGUGUGGGGGGGGGGGGAGUACACACACAAACCGUAUUUUCUGGAGUAUUAGUCAUACUUUUUUCCAUUAUUUGGCUGUGUCUGUGGCUUAUACUCAGGUGCAACAUGUUUUCCCCCCACUCUUUUCACAGCCGUGAGAUUAGUGUGGGUUUAGUCUGUAGUUAUCAGUUGUUCACCAUUUUACCAUUAUUGCUUACAUGUAUAAUUUUUUAUUCUGAUCAAUUGGAAAAAUUGACCUUCAAAAAUGUGAAUUAUACUCCAGUGAUACUUGUGGGGUUAUACCUUUCAUUGUGCAUUCUUUGGCUGCUGCGACUUAUACUCAGGAGCGACUUAUAGUCCGAAAAAUACGGGACAUAACGUAUACUGUAGUUUACACAACCAAACUCAUGCUCGUGCCUGCUUCUCAUAAUUCAAAUAAACUCAAUCAUGAUAAGACAAUUAUUUUUUCAUAAUUAUUCAUAUAGAACUGUGAUCUCAUACUUGCAGGCUGUGUGACAGUAUUUUUGCGAUCUGCAACAAAGAAUUUUUGGGGGGGGUCGUUUGAAUUGCAAUUAAAAACAAUUUUAGUAACACAAAUAUUAAAAACCAAUAAAUUCUAAACAUGUUUUA